AUGCAGUUGCCGACAUUUCUUUCAGAGUUCUUGAGUGUCUCCCCCCGGCCGCUCGCCUCGGAGAUCCCUCUCCCGCAAAUCCGGUGACCUCGCGGCGGCCAUGGAACGGUGGACCGGCGUCGUCCACGUCCCGCUCUCCCAAGGCGCCCCCCUCUUCCGCGUCGCCGCCUCGCUCAUACUCGCGCCCUCCAAAGCCCUCGCCGUUCCACGCGCAAACGCGAUCCUCUUCACGGGCGACCGCGUCCCCGGCACCGGUGAUCCGGCGAUCGAGCGGCUGUCGGACGCCGCCUACCUCGCCAAGCUCCUCGCUGGGAAGCUCGCCGGGGAAGCCAACGCGUGGGUGGUCGAUGCCUCUUGCUUUGCCGGGCCGUUUGCGGUCUACCGAGAGCUUGUGCCGUCCGUGGACACCGUUGGCGACCCUGAGCGGUAUGACCCCACUGGCCUACCGGCGGCGGCUGGCGUUGCCACCAUCUUGGCACAUUGUAUUCGGGAGAUACAAAAUAAGGUCAUGAAGGGGUCAUUGAAUGAUUCCGCAGGCAAUCAAGAACCUACCGCAUCAUUGCUACCAUCAUCUGCUCCCAAAACUAUCAUCCUGGGGUUCAGUAAGGGCGGAGUUGUCGUCAACCAGCUUGUGUCAGAACUUUCUUACUGGGCCUCAAAAUCAGCAAAAGGUUCAGUUGAUGUUUCACGGCGAAGCCCAGCCCUCUUGACCGGUUAUCUACUUGUUCCUGCUACACCUAGUGAUGUUUUAUCAAGUAUUUCCGAGUUCCAUUAUUUGGAUGUGGGCCUGAAUUGUGCUGGAGCAUACACUACUGACCAUGCGGUGAUCAAGGGGAUAGCCAACUAUGUUUCCCAGACUAGUGAUACUCUCCGAUUCGUCCUUCAUGGGACACCACGGCAGUGGUCCGAUCCCAACCGCCCAUGGAUCCUGGCCGAGAAAAACACGAUGCUGCGGUUGCUUCAGGACGAGGCUAAGAAAUGUGAAGGGAGACUUAAUCUAUCUGAAAAGAAGUAUUUUGAUGGUAGACCACGCAGUCUGCUGAUGCAUUUUGAGAUUCUGGAAGCAAUGGACAUCUGCUGAUAUUCGGCCUGUGCAGCUUUGUAGCCUUCUAGUCUCUGUACAGCUUGUGCAACGAAUAACGGAAUGUGAAUAUUUCGAGGGUUUUAGAUUGUUUUUCGUCUUUUCGGAGGUAGUUUCAUUCCCUCAGGGAGUAUAUGAGAAGUCUUUUCUGAACAACAAACACAAAUCAGUUACAGCUGAAAUGAUUAACGAAAUA